AUCUUGCGAAAAAUAAUAAGCAAUUCGCAAUGACUGCUCAUUAUUUACAAAAUACGGUGGAAGGAAUUAAUUCGUAAAUACGUUUUUAUGGCUUCUGAUGUUGAUGUCAUGGGGAAAGAUGAUAUAUCGAAUGCCUCACACCUGGCAAGUGUGUGGGCAAAGUGCAAGGACAGUAAAUCUUUGAAGAAAGCUAUCUUCUCCUUCCUAGCUGAUGCCGUCCCUGAGAUCUUCAAAGCUAAUGAAGUACAACCUGAGGAGGAAGAGGAGUUUGCACGCAAGGUGGUGCUGAUUCUUGAGUGGUAUCUGUUUGGACCCAACCCUGAUCAAGUUAGGAGUGAGCUGAAGGCCUCUGAGUGUCCCCCUCAGCUGUGUGGACAUGUCUUCAAGAAUGGAGAACCAACAUAUUCGUGCAGGGAUUGUGCUAUGGAUCCUACCUGUGUUCUCUGUAUUGACUGCUUCCAAAAGAGCGCACACAAGUCUCAUAGAUAUAAGAUGAAUACCUCAGGAGGAGGAGGCUACUGUGAUUGUGGUGAUGAAGAAGCUUGGAAACAAGAACCAUUCUGUGAGCUUCAUUCCAGAGCUGCCACACAUGUACAACAGGAUCCCCUUGAUAACCUACCCCAGGAGAUGAAGGCUAGAGCAGUGAUGCUGUUCCGUAUGCUCCUCAGACAUUGUUAUCGUAUCUUGUUCUUAGAUGAACCUAAAGAUAUACCAGAUGAUCUUCAGGGAUCGAACAGCAUACCAGAUGUCUACUGCACAAUGCUUUUUAACGAUGAAGUUCAUACUUAUGAGCAGGUCAUAAGUUCUUUGAAGAAGGCCGUAGAAUGUUCACGCAAAGCAGCAUUGCAGUUUGCAACCAUUGUGGAUAAGGAUGGUCGCAGUGCUGUACGUAGGGGGAACGAGAGAGACUGUGAGAGGGCUAAGAAUGUGAUUGAGAGAUCGACAUCUAGACUCAACAGUACCCCAUUGAAGGUGUUAGUGAUGAACAUGGUAGUAGUUGCUCAUCAGACAUGUGCUCUCAAGUUACUCAACUGGCUUUCCACUGUCGCUGGUGGAUCAGAUGCUAUGCGUGUGUUAUUAUGUCAAGAGCUUCUAAGCAUCAAAGAAGAAGGUCAGGUGACUGCAGUCAUAGAGGAGAGCAUGCUCAAUGAUACACAUCUAUGGAAAGUUGCUCGAGCUCAGUGGCAUCAGCUGUUUAUGAGUACUCUCUUGAUGGAUUCAGAACACAAGAAACAGUUUGCAGUUCUCUUCACCAAGCACUACCCAACGAUCCUUGUAGACUAUUCUACCAUUGAUGACCAUGAUCAUGCCCUGUCUAUCUCAUCACUCUCUGUACAAAUCUUCACAGUACCUACAGUGUCUCGCAUGCUUGUUGAGGAGCACAAUCUACUCUUUGUUAUCCUAAGGAGCUUUGUGGAUCAGACUAUUCAGUUCAGAGAUGGGAGGGGACAUUUGCAAUUUCGUAGGAAUCCUCCACCCAGUAUACGUAGGGCCCUCUAUGGACUUCUUGAUCUCAGGUAUGUGUUGUCCAACAAACCUGAGUCCUGGACUGGCGAUCUUAGAGACAGGGUGAUGGAAGGAGUCACUGUCUUAGUAGAACUGCUCUCUAGCAUGCAUUGUAUGGACAGUGUGUUACGGCAAGUUGGUCACCACAUAGAGUAUGAACCUGAAUGGGAAAUGGCCAUCUCUAUGCAGAUGAAACUUGGUCCGUGUCUGACACUCCUACUAGAAUGGUGUGCGUCGGAUAGGUCUUUACUAAUCAAGGCAUACCGAGCAACCAUGGCAGCACUCAGGAAGCUAUCUAGAGACCAGCAGAGAGAAAACGUAGAAAUUGAAGAUAAGACGUAUAGUUGCAUCAAGUACUCAGUGAGUUCUAUGACAGUCAGCAUCCACUAUGCCCUGGUUAGAUUCCUUGCAGGUCUUCACCUUCACCUUGGUCAAUAUGAGCUGGGUUUCUACACCGAGGGUCUGAUGAAUGGGCCAAGCCUACUUCCUGAGGAGUUGAUUGAGGAUCCCCUGAGGACACAGGUUCUAAUUGCUCAGGUGCAUGCUGGGAUGUGGAGGAGAAAUGGAUAUUCUCUUCUGAAUCAGAUUUACUACUACCAGAAUGUGAAAUGCCAGACAGAGAUGUAUGACAAGGAUGUUAUCAUGUUGCAGAUUGGUGGUAGCUUGAUGGAACCUAAUGACUUCAUGGCGUCACUGGUCACUCGCUUUGACCUGGUUAGAUGCUGGACAAGGGACUUUGAAGAGAGCAAAUCACCAGAGGACUGCAGUGCUCAUCUUCCUAUCAUCACGGAGGAGUUUCUUGGCUUGCUUAUUGUCCUAUUCUGUGAGAGGUAUGUGAAGGGAGUAGGUAAUGUAUCUGAUGAAGCUAGAGUUAGGAGAGAAGUACUACAUCAACUCUGUAUCAGUCCUAUGGCUCAUAGUGAACUCACCAGAGCACUACCUGAAGAUCACUGCCAUGAGACAGGCAUGGAGUCAGUCAUACAUGACAUUGCUGACUUCAAGAAACCUGCUGGUGGUGUAGGGAAAGGAAUGUAUGAAUUAAAGGCAUCAUGUCUAGAUGAGUACUCUCCAUACUUCUACCACUACUCUAAAGUGGAUCAGACAAAGUCAGAAGAACAAAUCAGACAAAGGAGGAAACAGGAAGACAAACCACAAUUGAUUCUGCCCUACGCGAUGCCAGCGUUGAUGCCCAGUUUCCAGCCUCUUCUGAGGAUCCUAUAUAGUGAUACCUUCAUGUUCAUCAUCAAGACACUUCUGGUUAGGAUCAGGAAACCCAAGGGGAUCCACCUCACUGAUAACAUUGUACAUAGGACCUUGUACUUGGUAGGUGUAGCUCUCAUAGAAGCAGAGGCCAGUCAUAAAGAAGGCAAUCCAAUGAGUUUCAUCAUCAAAGGAGCACAAGGAUCACCUAACAUGUUUGAAGCACUUCAGAGCCUGGUUGGACAUCAGAGGAUCGAAUCUAACAAAGACUUCUUGGAAUGGCUCAUCAAGAAAUAUGAGGCAAUGCUGAAGCUGGCUGGACACACUACCAGCACCCAGAUGAAGCCUCCUCCAGCCCCGGCUGCUCGCUCUGCUGAGGAGCUGGACAAGGAAGCAGAGGAGAAGAGGAAUAGACAGGAGAUGGCCAGGAAGAGAAGAGAACAUCUCAUGAAACAGAUGUCAGCCAUGCAGAAAAACUUCAUCAGAGAGAACCCAGAAUUCUUUGAUGCCACCAAUGAGGGCGGCUCACCUCGUCACCGAACGGCUUCCACUUGUAGCAUGGAGACAGGUGAUGUACCUGCCCAUGACUAUCCAUGCUGUCUUGGUCCUCGUCAUAGUCCAUCAGUCAUGGCUGAAUCAUCUACAGCUACCUGCAUCCUCUGUCAGGAGGAAGAAGACAUCACCUUCGAUGGUAAAGCCAUGGUACUUGCUGCUUUCAUUCAAAGAUCCACAGUUCUUUCAAAGGCAAGACAGAAGACAAUAGAAGAUGGGGAGAAGUUUGAUCCACUGUUUGCUAGUUCUGAUCUGUACUGGGGUACCAAUGUGAGUACAUGUGGUCACAUCAUGCAUUCAACAUGCUGGCAAGGGUUCUUUGAAUCACUGCUUGCCAAGGAGCAAAGAAGGAACCUGAGAAUGCGAGGGAUCCUGAACUAUGACAUCAGUCAGCAUCAGUUCCUAUGUCCACUGUGUGAGACGCUAAGUAAUACAGUCAUACCUCUGCUGCCCUCUGUAGUUGGAUUACAGAAUGCUACCCAAGAAGGUGCACCAGUUGAAAGAAAAUCUGGAGAGACUGCAGUCAAUCUUCAGGAGUGGCUUGAAGGCAUCCAGAAGACACUCCAAGCCUCUGCUCAACAGAAGGAGUUUGAGAAGGAGCAGGAGGAGGCAGGAGUAGUCCCCAUGGAGGCAGGAGCAAACAGUGCAGCCGCCUCAGAUGAGGAGGACAUCGAGGAGAAGGAGGAAGGAGAGGAGGAGAUGGCUGGUGAGAUGGAGCUUGGAGCAAUGGGAGGAGAGGAAGGAGGAGCACAAGGUGGAGGAGGCCUUGCUGAAGGAGGAGAUGGGAUAGGAGCUAAGGAGAUGGAGGAGGAGGGCAAAGUGGAAGGAGCUACAGCUAUGCCAGGAGCUAUGGAGGGAGGAGAGAUAGGAGUUGGAAGUAAGUAUAUGAGUUUUAUUCAGAUCUCAACCAUCCCUUCCCUGAAAAGGCUUCUUGCUGAAACUGUCUCCCAGAAAUUUCAGCAGCUCUUCCAGUUCAUCCAGGUUUCAUGCUUGCCAAUUUCAGAGAAUGUUAAAGAGAUGAUCCGGCACUUUUCAAGAUCUGCCUACACUGUUGGACUGGGUGUAAUGCCUCAUGAUGAUGAUAGCAGAAUGGCUAUACUAGCCUGGAAUACAUGUGCCUAUACAGUGCAAGUCACAGAAACUCAGCUAAGGAAUGAAGGGAAAGCACUGUUUGGAGCAUUGUCACAGAGACAGAUGGACUGUCUCCGUUGUUUGAUCAGAUACUCUGUAGUGAAUAGCUGCCUGUGUAAUUAUGCCCAUGUGCAGAGGCAUGCUAUUAGACUACUCUCAGCCCUCUAUCCUCAGGAGUCCAGUGGAAGGCCAUCUGAUCCUUGUAUCCUAGAUAUGGAUGUCUUCACAUUACUGGUGAGUGUCUGCAUGUCACUGCCUCGGCUGUAUAAUAGCAAUGAGAGAGUAGCUAUGAGUCUGCUUGGUGGUCCAAUCAGUGAUCAUCAUCUCCUGAGGGUAGCUCUAGCAGCUCAUCUAGUCCAGGUCCUACUCACUGCAUCAAGAGAUAUCCCAUUUGAAGAAUCAAUGGAGGAGGAAGGAAGCAGUGUUGAUGACAGCAAGGAAGGACGUGAUCUUCUACAAGCUUGUUCAAUGCUCAAACAAUAUGCAGGAUUGGAAGCAGCCCCUCUCCCACCUGGAUGGCAGCUGGUCAACCACGUCCAGGUAUCCUGUCUGCCGUUCCUACGCUCUGCUGCCCUCUUCUUCCACUUCCUGACCAGUGUCCCGUGUCCAGCAGAACUUCAGAAUGCAGGCAUAGAUGAGUUUGAACCACUGUGUAGGUACCUUGGCUUGCCUACCAACCUAGCUACCCUCCUAGACUGUUCAGCAUCACCUAUCAUGGAAGAUAUGAUCAAACGAUGGUGCUCUCAUCCAUCCAUUAGGAUCAAGAUGACUGAACACAAUCCUGCUCUUGUCAGGUAUCCCAUCGAGAUAAACCAGCUAAUUGACUUGCCUCGAGACUACAGUGACCUCAUGAAUGACAGAUCAUUGUUUGCGUGCCCGCGUGGUAACAGUACAACCCAGAGUGACAGUCGAGCCCCAGCCAUGUGCCUGGUCUGUGGGACUGUGGUAUGUUCUCAGAGUUACUGCUGUCAGAGAGAGAUCAAUGGAGAAUCAGUAGGAGCCUGUACUGCACAUGCUAUCAUGUGUGGAGCUGGGUCUGGUGUCUUUCUCAGGGUGAGAGAAUGCAACCUACUAUUGAUGUCAGGAAAGAGUCAAGGAUGUUCCUACACCCCACCUUAUCUAGAUGAAUAUGGUGAACCUGAUCCUGGUCUGAGGCGUGGGAAUCCUCUGCAUCUGAGUAAGGAGUGUUACAGUGAGCUUCACAAACUCUGGCUCUCUCACGGUAUCCAGGCAACGGUCAGCAGGAAACUAGAAGGUGCCUCUCCUCUCAUCAACUGGCAGAACAUGUAGUGACCAUGACAACAUCCUUAAUGACAACAUCUUCCAUAGAGAUUAGAUGGAUAAUCAGUCAAUUUGCCUUUGAAUCUCUUAACAAUGGAAAUGUUUAUUUCUCAUAAAGUUGCUAUGGUAACAACACCCCAUGGGUGAUGAUGAAGCUCAGUCCAAUGUCUCUAACUGUCAGAGAUAUAUGACUUCAAGUGGCAUUACAUUAUGAUAACAUGAUUUCAUUCAAACAAAUAUUUAUGAUAUACUGCAUUCAUUCACAUCUUUCAAUUACUGUAUUAGCAUCAGUAUUACAUGAAAUACAUGUUGAUGGUACAUGAGCAUGUACCGGUAUGUGUUAUAGAUCUAUCAAUGUUUUAGAUAUAGGAUGUACUUUAAAUAUUGCUUUUUUGGACAUUUUGUCGAGUAGUAAAUAUCUAGAUAAUAUGAAAUAGAUAUCGUAAUGAAACUAAAAGUGCAAAAAAACAUGAUAGUUAUUAAAGUAGGAAAUAGAGUUGUAAAAUAUGUGAUAAUGUAAUGUCAUUUAUGAGUACAAUAUUUACAAUGGGUACAUUGCAAACUUAAGUAAGUGCUCAUGAACAAAAUAUCUAGACACCCAUAUAUAGAUGGGUGUGAUUCCUCAUAGAGAUGGACUUAAUCACAACUUAAGUGACAAACUUUUCAAAAAUUGAAUCUGUAUCGAAAGUCUUCUUACUAUUGACAAGCAUAUUCAAAUGUGGCCUUCUGUCAACUACAGCAAACCUAUUGACAUUAAUAUUGGAGAGCAAUUUUCUCUGGAGACUAUGCUUGUCUACUGUGCCCAGGUGUAUAAAUGAGUACUUGGUAUGAGGAGGGAUGCCGUGUCAUCAUGAAUUAUCAGCUCUAAGUUAAUGAAGAGAUGACCCAUUUUGAUUUAAAGGUUGCAAAGGUGAAAGGUCAUUUGUCAUUGUGAAGAUGCAAGUAGAGGAAAUUUUGCAUCAUAAUCAAAUAUAAUGCAUUUUCCUCAACAGUUGGGGAAAAAUCUGUAUGUCAGAUCUAUCAGAAAUGAGAAGACCUGUAGCUUAAUGUCAUAAUUUCUGGCUCAGAGUGUUUCAGGAGUACCUAUGAUCUUCAGAAGUUGUUUUUUUCUUUCUGUUAUCCUAGUCACUGGUCCAUCAAAUGUGAUAGAUCUUUCUUAUUGAAAUUCUUUUUACACUGAUGUUGAAACUGAAAUGAAUAGAGUUAUUUUUUAGCAUAGGUGAUUUGGCUGGCAGUGAUAAUAUCCAAAAUCAAAGAUGUUAUUAAUGAAAAUUCAGAAGGAAAGAAACAAACGUUUUCAAUUAAAUGAGGUCUUUCUUUUCAUUGCUCAACUUGCCCUAAUUUUGAUUUUCACUUCAUCUUUGUCUGCAGUCCACUUUUAUGAAUACCCAUGUUCAUUAUGCAAAAAGAUCACAAAUUCAAGUGUGUGUUUGAGAAACUGACUUUCACAUAUUUAUGAGAGGGACACUUUUGAUAGAAACUUGUUGAAAGCAAAGCAAAGAAAUGUUAAAAUCUAUCAUCUAGUUUGCAUGAUAUCUUUGCAUGGAUUCUGAAUCUAUUGCGUUUUAUGUGCUGUGAAAAUUCAGACUUAAUGAGUAGCAACGUGUAUUAAAAGUGGUCUCUUGUACAGGAAAGCAUGUGACAGAUGACUUGGUAUCAGUCACUAUUAGCAUACCAUUGUAGACAGUAGUUUGUUCUCCUCAUGAAUGAAACAAUAUGUAUAUAUUUGUUCAUUUUAUCACUUGCAAUUGAUAGUGAAAAAAUCAGAAAUUGUUUUCUUUCAUCAUGCUUUUGUUUUGCGAUUCAGAGCUUUAGUUUCAAGAGGUUUGCAAAUCUAUUAAUUGAAAUGCAUGUUUUUGUUCUACAUUUGCUUGUAAACAGGGUAUGAAUGCACCAUUUUAGCCUCAAAUACUAAUUCUUGGGGAUAAUAUUUAUUUUCUCAUAUGAUACAGGAGAUAUUCAUUUAUUAACUUUAUUAUUCAUAUCUAUGCAUGUAAUUAUACUGACAAAAUGCAGACUUUGCAUGAUUGAGUAGUACUUGAAGGAAACGAAAGGGAUCAUCUUAAGAGCAAACUAUGUUGCUAUUGUGUUAUAGAGUUAAAGACUUUAAGUACCGAUGUGAAAGGUAAGUUGAAAUAAUAGCUUUAUUUUUGUGAAAUCAGCUAACUGUAGAUGAGAUGUAUAUUAUGCUUAUAGUAGAAACCCUGAUUGUAAAGUUAAUGCAGAGAUUUACCUUAGCUUGCUUCUUGAAAGAAAAAAAGAAAAAAAA